UUUUUGUGUUUUCUUGGGAGCCAAACAGACCCGGUCUUUCAUAAUUUUCUAUUUGAAUUUCUUUUAUCCAAUUUUUUUUAUUGAAUGUGGCACAGUGAUUCAAUUUAUAAGAUUUUUUGAGUAAUAAUACACCGAAAUACUUUGAUAACUUUUGCUUGCUUUGCCUCUUAAAACAGAGAAUCCAAGAGAAAAACAUAGGGAAAAUAGGAUGUUUGGUUUUAGAAGUUUAUGUUUUAUGUUGUUGUGAGUUUGGCAGGCAGACGCCAAGGAGAAGAAAAAUGGUUCUAUCGGACCGAUUGUCUCAAAUGUAGUAGAGACUUAUAGCUUUGUUGAGUCCUAAGAAAUGAAAAAAAAGGUUCAUGCUUUUUGUUUCAUAAUCUUCCUGCAUUUUCAGCACUGCCAAACACGGCCACUCUUUUCUUUGAUUUCCAUGUCUAUUUCUUUAACCAGACUAUUUCUUUUCUGAAGGUUGGGUGCAUGAAUCAAUUUGUAUAGUUAAUUGAUUUUUUCAGAGAAGUUUUUUUGGAUACUACAGUGUAAGAUGUUACUCUGUGAAGUAAGUUGUUUAGAGAUGUUCUUGGAAUUGCAGAUGAAACGAAUUACCAGCUUAUGCAUUGAAAGAGAAAGGGAAGAAGACUAGAAUUCUCAGCUUCUUGCUUUUACAAUAUAUCUGUUGUUCGAGUUUGAAACUGCAGCAACUUCCGCCUUCUCAAAUCAGGGAAAGCAAAUGGCAGUUGGCAUUUCUGUCAUACAGAGUGAUGGCAUCAUGGAAGGUACAUGUGAUUGAAUCCUCAACAGUUGCUCUGAUCAGGGAUCAGAUAUGUUCAUUUCUUGGGGCAAAAUAAGAGAAAGAAUUAUCGUUAUUUUCCUUCUAAAAGAAAGCAGCAUUUGUUCCAGACAAUGCCGAUUCCAAAGGAAAAGCCCUCUGUGACUUAUAAAUGCACAAAAGAGAGAUAUGAAGCUUUUAGCUCGACAAUUGAGAAAAAAUUGCCUCAUGAUGUUUUGCAUAUGCGAGAAAAUCAAUCAUUUUGAAAAAUACGGUAUUUGGCAAUGCCAAAACAGUUUACAAGUAAUCUUGGACCAAGGUUCCAGAACUGUAAAUGGGGGCUGAGGAAUAAGGCAGCUUCCCAAGACCUUACCAACCAAAGAACUUGUUCAAUGGAGGGAAAAAGGGUUUCAAAGAAAUCUCAACAGGCCAAUGCUAUAAGUAAGCCAUCAUCCAGGGAAGAAGGGAAACUGAUGGAUUAUGUACAAAAAAAAGACGAAGGGGUUGAUACUCAUCAGCAUCAGCCUUUUCCUUUAGUGAAUUCUGGUGAAAAAGGGCGCAAAGGUCUGGUGUGUCGUCCUCGAAAGCGUAAGAGGAGAAAAAAGGGAUAUCAUGGUGGCCAACAAAGUGACUCAAUAUGCAUUGUAUGUCAAUAUGGUGGAUGCCUUAUUCUUUGUGAUCACUGCCCAUCUUCAUAUCAUAUGGAGUGCAUUGACCUUGAGAAUGUUCCAGAUGGAAAAUGGUUUUGUCCAUCUUGUUGUUGUGGCUUAUGUGGCUUGAGAGAUGUAGAUGCUCAAAGUCAACUAUUCACUGAAGUUUGUGACCAAUGCUCCUUACAAUAUCAUGUGGAUUGCAUGACUAGAGCUAGAAUUGGAUUUCCUAGAAGCCAUCCAUCUGAGAAGUUUUGCAGCCAAAAUUGUUUUGAGUUGUGCGGCCGCAUUCACCAACUUCUAGGAAUUCGAAAUCCAACUAGUGUGGAUGGCUUAACCUGGAAACUCCUGAGAUCAACAAGAAAUGAUUGUAAUGUUUACAAUGAAUUAAGGAUUGAUACCUGCAGUGAGUUAUCUCAAGCCCUCAAUCUUAUGCACGAGUGUUUUGAACCCAUCAUUGAGCACCACACAAAGAGGGAUCUCAUUGUUGAUAUUGUUUACAACUCAGUAUCAAAAUUCAAGCGGUUGGAUUUUCGUGGCUUCUAUAUCAUGGCUUUGCAGAAGGAUGAUGAGUUUGUAUGUGCGGCCACAGUAAGGAUCCAUGGACACAAGGUUGCAGAGAUGCCUCUAGUUGCUACUGCUUUCAAGUAUCGCCGGCAGGGUAUGUGUCAAGUUCUUGUUCAUGAGCUAGAGAAGAUGCUCAGUCAAUUGCAUGUUGAAAGAUUAGUCUUGCCUGCUAUCUCCGAGCGAUCAGAGCUUUGGCAAUCUUUAUUUGGUUUUUCAGAGAUGUCAUCUGCUGAAAGGCUAGAACUCCUACGUUUCCCUUUCUUGGGAUUUCAAGGAACCACGAUGUUCCAGAAAAUCCUCAGCAAAAUCAUCCCCAGAAUGGAAACGAGGGUAUGAGAAUAGAGGUGGACAUGGCAAUGAGUGAAGAUUUUGGAACUUAAAUUACAAGGUGAUGAGGUCAAAAAUUGGAAUCAUUCGGAAAGAGAAGAAUAUUUCUGAAGAUUGCAAUGGAAAUGCAAGCAUGCAUAAACCUGUGUAUUGCAAGCAGGGAUUCAAGGAUAGGUGGUAAUUUGGAUUGAAAUUGAGUAAAAGAUAUGGAGAAAGCAUCCAUAUCUUGAAAAUACAGAAAAGUUUUCCUUCUUGGUAUUCUUUUGUUGGAGAAUUACCAACUUAAGGUUUGUUUCCAAUGUAAAGUUUGCAGAUUCAUAGCCACAUCCAAGUCCCUAUAUCUUCACAAUUUUGGAUUAUGGAGUAAAGCCAAGAAAAUAGAGAAUAAUUUCUAUGUUUCUCCAUUUCAUAAAUAAAUUUCCUAUGUUUCUCGGAGGGAAAAGGAGAGAAAA